AUGGCCACCCUUUCCACGCCCCAGAAUGGCCCCCAGAUCAAGGCCUCCCGCACCCGCGGCGCCUCGCACAUUGACUUCAAGUCGGCCACCACUGGCGUCGCCGCCAAGGCCAUGAGGAACGAGCUCAACUCGAUGGUCUCGGGCAUCGAGGAGCCCACUGUCCGCAAGGCCUUUGAGGCCGAGAUGUCGGGCUUUUUCAACCUCUUCAACCGCUACCUCUCUGAGAAGGCCAAGGGCGAGAAGCUCGACUGGAACAAGAUCCAGGCGCCGUCGCCCAAGCAGAUCACGCCCUACGCCGAGCUGCGCCAGGCCAGCGACCCGGCCAUCCUCAACAAGCUCGCCGUGCUCAAGCUCAACGGCGGCCUCGGAACGACGAUGGGCUGCGUCGGCCCCAAGUCGGUCAUCGAGGUGCGCGAGGGUAUGACCUUCCUCGACCUCUCGGUGCGCCAGAUUGAGCACCUCAACAGCGUCCACAACGUCAACGUGCCCUUUAUCCUCAUGAACUCGUUCAACACCGACGACGAUACGGCCCGGGUGAUCCAGAAGUACGCGAACCACAACGUCGAGAUCCUCACUUUCAACCAGAGCCGGUACCCGCGCGUCAACAAGGAGAGCCUGCUGCCGUGCCCGCGGAACGCGACGGGCGACAAGAACCUGUGGUACCCGCCGGGCCACGGCGACCUGUUUGACGCCAUGAACAACUCGGGCCUGCUCGACCGCCUGAUUGACGCGGGCAAGGAGUACCUCUUCGUGUCCAACGUCGACAACCUCGGCGCCGUCGUCGACCUCGACAUCUACCAGCACAUGAUUGACACCCAGGCCGAGUUUAUUUCCGAGGUGACGGACAAGACCAAGGCCGACGUCAAGGGCGGCACGCUCAUCGACUACGAGGGCACCAUCCGGCUGCUCGAGAUUGCCCAGGUGCCGUCGGAGCACGUCGAGGACUUCAAGUCGAUCAAGAAGUUCAAGAUCUUCAACACCAACAACCUGUGGCUCAACCUGCGCGCCAUCAAGCGCGUGCUCGAGAACGAGGAGCUGGACCUCGAGAUCAUCGUCAACAACAAGCAGCUCGACUCGGGCGAGGCCGUCAUCCAGCUCGAGACGGCCGUCGGCGCCGCCAUCAAGCACUUCCGCGGCGCCAAGGGCGUCAAUGUGCCGCGGUCGCGCUUCCUGCCCGUCAAGAGCUGCUCGGACCUGCUGCUCAUCACGUCGGACCUCUACAGCCUCGAGCACGGCAAGCUCGUCAUGAACCCGGGCCGCAUGUUUGGCCAGACGCCCGUCGUCAAGCUCGGCGACACGUUCAAGAAGGUGGCCCACUUCCAGAAGCGCUUCAAGAGCAUCCCCGAGAUGAUUGAGCUCGACCACCUCACCGUCCAGGGCGACGUCGUCUUUGGGCGCAACAUUACCCUCCGCGGCACCGUCAUCAUUGUCGCCAACGAGGGCAACCGCAUCGAGAUCCCAGAAGGCUCGGUGCUCGAGAACAAGCUCAUCUCGGGCAACCUGGCCAUCAUUGACCACUAG